AUGCAGCGAAGACCAGCUGAGGUUCUUGGGCAAGUGCAUGUAGCGAGCAGAAUGAGGCCUGCUGAGGCUUUUUGGGCCUUGGCCUAUGGAGGUCCUAUGUCUUUACUUCCAUUAGCAGUGAGCAAUGUGCAUGAGAAUAGUUUGGAACCACAACAAGGAGACCUUUCGUUGUCGUUGGCCACUACUUCUCUGGCUGCACCUAUUUUCAGAAUUAUUUCUCUAGCUCUUCAAUGCCCUGGAAACGUUGAAGAAUUGUGCCGUAGGAGAGGACCUGAAGUUUUGUCAAGAGUUUUAAAUUACCUCCUUCAAACUCUGUCUUCACUUGACACUGCAAAAGGGGAUGGAGUUGGCAAUGAGGAACUUGUCGCAUCAAUUGUCUCUUUAUGUCAAUCUCAGAAACAAAAUCAUGCAUUGAAGGUGCAGCUUUUCAGUACUCUGCUGCUAGAUCUAAAAAUUUGGAGCUUAUGCAGCUAUGGGUUGCAAAAGAAGCUUUUGUCUUCACUUGCUGAUAUGGUCUUCACUGAGUCAUCUGUCCUGCGAGAUGCCAAUGCCAUUCAGAUGCUUCUUGAUGGCUGUAGGCGGUGUUAUUGGACAACCCGUGAGAGUGAUUCUGUGGAUACAUUUUCAGUGGAUGAGGCUGCACGUCCUGUUGGUGAAGUUAACGCUUUGGUUGAUGAACUAUUAGUGGUGAUUGAACUGUUGAUUCUAGCAGCUCCCCCCUCGAUGGCUGUGGAUGAUGUCCGCUGUCUCCUUGGGUUUAUGGUUGACUGUCCACAACUAAAUCAGGUGCCUAGGGUGUUGCACCUAAUAUAUAGGUUAAUUGUACAGCCUAAUGCGUCCAGAGCACAGUCCUUUGCUGAGGCCUUUAUGAUGAAUGGUGGUAUAGAAACAUUACUUGUUCUAUUGCAGCGGGAAGCGAAAACGAGGGAUCACGAUGAGCCAGACUUAUCUUUUGAGACUGGUAGAAAUCUAUCAGAGGGGGAUUCAGAAUUAGAAAAUAGGGUUGGUCCUUUAGAAAGUAAUCAUGAUGGUAAUAAAGGAUCAGUGGAGGAACAUGAGUUAACUUCACCUGACAAAACCAAAGUUGACUCCUCUAAGAUUGAAAGGAUGUCAUCAGUAUCUGAGUAUCUUUUUGUUAAGAACUUGGGUGGUAUCAGUUCCUCAAUAAGUGCUGAAAAUGCGAGGAAGAAUGUUUACAAUGCUGAUAGAAGUGAUGGUGUUGUUGUUGGGAUCAUAAACCUAUUGGGCACUUUAGUUAUCUCUGGACAUCUUAAAUUUGGUGCACAUGCUCCUCCAGACAUGACAAAUAAUCUUCUUGGGGUGCUCGAGGGAGGAGGAACCAUGUUUGACGAUAAGGUUUCACUUCUACUUUUUGCUUUACAGAGAGCUUUUCAAGCAGCGCCGAACAGGCUUAUGACUAGCAGAGUCUACACGGCAUUAUUGGGUGCCUCGAUAAAUGCAUCUUCAGAUGACGGGCUGAAUUUUUAUGAUUCUGGUCACCGAUUCGAGCACAUGCAGCUUCUGUUGGUUCUAUUACGUUCACUUCCAUACGCAUCAAAGGCAUUCCAAAGUCGAGCACUUCAGGAUCUCCUAAUCUUAGCUUGCAGUCAGGCAGAAAAUCGAAGCACUUUGAUUGGCAUGGAGGAAUGGCCUGAGUGGAUUUUAGAGAUACUUAUUUCAAAUUAUGAGACAGGAACAACUAAAAAUGAAGCUUCACCAACUUUAAAAGAUGUGGAAGAUCUGAUACACAGCUUCCUGAUAAUUAUAUUAGAGCAUUCAAUGCGCCGUAAAGAUGGAUGGCAGGAUAUUGAAGCUACAAUUCACUGCGCAGAAUGGCUCUCAAUGGUGGGUGGUUCUAGCACAGGGGACCAAAGGAUAAGACGCGAGGAAAUAUUGCCAAUUUUCAAGAGAAGGCUCUUGGGCGACUUACUAGACUUUGCUGCAAGAGAACUACAGGAUCAGACUCAAGUCAUUGCUGCCGCUGCCGCUGGGGUAGCAGCCGAGGGCUUGUCACCUAAGGAAGCUAAGGUGGAAGCUGAAAAUGCUGCUCAACUUUCUGUAGCCUUGGUGGAGAAUGCUAUAGUAAUUUUAAUGUUGGUCGAAGAUCACUUGCGGUUGCAAAGCAAACUCUACACGACUUCACGUUUUCCAAUUGUCUCUGCUUCUCCUCUUUCAACUGUUUUACCUGUUGGUGGUCGUGCUUCGACCUUGGUUGGAGAGCCUCUAGAAUCUGUGCCGGAGAAUAGAUCUUCAUCUAGUGAUUCUGCAGGACUUCCUCUAGACGUUCUUGCUUCAAUGGCUGAUGCAAAUGGACAGCUUUCUGCUGCUGUGAUGGAAAGACUUACAGCUGCCGCGGCAGCUGAACCUUAUGAAUCAGUUUCUUGUUCUUUCGUGUCAUAUGGAAGCUGUGUCAUGGAUUUAGCGGAAGGAUGGAAGUAUAGGAGUAGAUUAUGGUAUGGUGUUGGCCUGUCUUCUAAAACAACUGUAUUUGGCGGUGGUGGGAGUGGUUGGGAAGCUUGGAGAUCAGCACUAGAGAAGGAUGCUGAUGGCAACUGGGUUGAACUUCCUCUUAUAAAAAAGUCUGUCUGCAUGCUUCAAGCUUUGUUAUUGGAUGAGUCUGGACUUGGUGGUGGGCUUGGUAUAGGAGGAGGAUCUGGGACUGGAAUGGGAGGCAUGUCUGCCCUCUAUCAGUUAUUAGAUAGUGAUCAACCCUUCUUAUGCAUGCUCCGGAUGGUGCUUGCUUCCUUAAGAGAAGAGGAUGAUGGUAAGGAUAAUAUGCUUGUAGAUGUGGAGGAGGGCUCAUCAGAAUUCCAACGCAGGCAAACUGGGAAUAUUCUAUCAUUUGAUGUAAAUGCUCGAAUGUCAUUGAGAAAACCACGGUCAUCGCUGCUCUGGAGUGUACUUUCACCGGUCCUCAACAUGCCAGUUUCUGAAUCAAAGAGGCAGCGGGUACUGGUGGCAUCAUGUGUUCUAUACUCUGAGGUAUGGCAUGCUGUCAGCAGGGAUAGAGUUCCUCUACGUAAGCACUAUCUGGAAGCAAUUUUGCCGCCAUUUGUGGCUGUUUUAAGAAGGUGGCGACCCCUUUUGGCAGGCAUUUAUGAACUUUCGACUGCAGAUGGUUUGAAUCCUCUUGUUCUUGAGGACCGUGCAUUGGCGGCUGAUACUUUACCCAUUGAGGCUGCUCUUGCCAUGAUUUCUCCAAGCUGGGCUGCAGCAUUUGCAUCACCACCAGCCGCGAUGGGUUUAGCCAUGAUUGCUGCUGGGGCUGGUGGAGGUGAAACAAGUGCACCUGCAACAACAUCUCAUCUCAAGCGUGAUUCUUCGCUUCUUGAACGUAAAACUGCCAGGCUUCAAACCUUCUCAAGCUUUCAAAAACCUUUGGAGGCACCCAGUAAAUCUCCUGCAGUUCCAAGAGAUAAGGCUGCUGCAAAAGCAGCUGCCCUGGCAGCUGCCAGAGAUCUUGAACGCAAUGCUAAAAUUGGUUCUGGAAGAGGUCUUAGUGCUGUGGCAAUGGCUACCUCGGCGCAGCGGCGGAGCAAGAGUGACAUGGACCGAGUGAAGAGAUGGAAUGUUUCUGAAGCAAUGGGAACUGCAUGGUUGGAAUGCUUGCAAUCCGUUGAUACUAAAGCAGUAUAUGGAAAAGAUUUUAAUGCUCUGUCAUACAAAUAUAUCGCCGUCCUUGUUGGAAGUCUAGCAUUAGCAAGAAACAUGCAAAGAUUGGAGGUUGAGAGGCGCAUGCAAGUUGAAGUUAUUGCUCGCCAUAGACUUUAUACAGGAAUACGGGAAUGGCGGAAGCUGAUACAUUAUUUGAUAGAGUCUAAAUGCCUUUUUGGCCCAUUUGGUCAUCGUUUAAGCAAUCCUCAGCGUGUCUUCUGGAAGCUGGACUUUGUGGAAAGUUCUUCAAGAAUGCGAAGAUUUUUGAGAAGGAACUACCGGGGCUCAGAUCAUUUUGGUGCUGCGGCAAACUACGAAGAUCCUUCGGAUCUGAAGCUAGAUAAAGAUAAUGUCAUUAGUCCUUCGAAGGCCUCUAUUUUGGCUGCUGAGGCAAUAUCAAUGGAAAUAAUUAAUGAUGAGGAUGACCAAGAAGAUAGUGCUAAUCCAGGAGGUGGGGAGACUCAAACGGAACAAAAUGGGGAGAUUCAGGCGAGAAUUAGUGAAACCGCUGAGCAGCCUUUGAGCACGCCGGCAAAGUCUGGAGACACCCCUGUUUCGAGUGACCAAGACUUGGCGCAAAAUACUGCAGCUGUAGCUCCUGGUUAUGUUCCUAGUGAACAAGAUGAGAGGAUUAUCCUUGAGCUUCCUUCAUCAAUGAUCCGGCCAUUAAAAAUUUUAAGAGGGACUUUUCAAAUAACAACGAGAAGAAUCAACUUCAUUAUUGAUAAUAAUAAUGAGAGUAAUUCUUUUGGGGAUGGGUUGGACUGCAGAAAUGAAACAAAAGUUGACGAGAAGGAUCGGAGCUGGUUGACAUCUUCCCUACACCAAAUAUAUAGCAGAAGAUAUCUUCUAAGGAGAAGUGCGCUGGAGCUGUUCAUGGUUGAUCGAUCAAACUUCUUCUUUGACUUUGGGACAACAGAAGGAAGGCGGAAUGCAUAUCGAGCCAUUGUUCAAGCUCGUCCUCCUCAUUUGAACAAUAUUUACCUUGCAACUCAGAGACCUGAACAACUUUUGAAGAGAACCCAACUUAUGGAGCGCUGGGCUAGGUGGGAGAUCAGCAAUUUUGAAUAUCUCAUGCAGCUUAACACGCUGGCAGGUCGCAGUUAUAAUGAUAUUACACAGUAUCCAGUUUUCCCUUGGAUUCUCUCAGACUACAGUUCAAGCACUUUAGAUCUCACCAGCCCUUCUUCUUAUCGAGACCUUUCAAAGCCAGUUGGUGCGCUAAGCGCUGACCGUUUAAAAAAGUUUCAAGAGAGGUACUCCAGUUUUGAUGAUCCAAUUAUCCCAAAAUUCCACUAUGGUUCACACUAUUCGAGUGCUGGAACGGUAUUGUAUUAUCUCGUUCGCGUAGAACCCUUUACUACCCUAUCCAUUCAACUGCAAGGAGGGAAAUUCGAUCAUGCAGACAGGAUGUUUUCUGAUGUUGCAGCAACUUGGAAUGGAGUGCUAGAGGACAUGAGUGAUGUCAAGGAAUUGGUUCCGGAGCUGUUUUAUCUUCCAGAGGUUAUGACAAAUGAUAACUCUAUUGACUUCGGCACAACGCAAUUAGGCGAGAAACUUGAAUCCGUCAAGCUUCCUCCUUGGGCCAAAAACCCGGUUGACUUCAUUCAAAAGCACAGAAUGGCUCUUGAGAGUGAGCAUGUUUCAGCUCACUUACAUGAGUGGAUUGAUCUCAUAUUUGGGUAUAAGCAACGGGGAAAAGAGGCUAUUCAGGCUAAUAAUGUUUUCUUCUACAUUACCUAUGAGGGCACUGUGGACAUUGACAAAAUAACAGAUCCAGUGCAACAACGUUCCACACAAGAUCAAAUUGCGUAUUUUGGACAAACACCAUCCCAACUUUUAACAAUCCCUCACAUAAAGAGAAUGCCACUGCAAGAAGUUCUUCAUUUACAGACAAUCUUCCGGAAUCCCAAGGAAAUUAAACAUUAUGCUGUUCCCCAUCCUGAACGCUGCAAUAUUCCUGCUGCUGCCAUGUUUGCAUCUUCAGAUUCUGUUGUGAUUGUUGAUAUACAUGCCCCUGCUGCCCAUAUAGCGGAGCAUAAAUGGCAGCCAAAUACCCCUGAUGGCCAGGGAACUCCAUUCCUAUUUCAGCAUGGAAAGCCCAGCACUAGCUCUGCUGGAGGAACAUUUAUGCGCAUGUUUAAAGGGCCAACAAACUCUACAUCGGAGGACUCUCACUUUCCCCAAGCACUGGCUUAUGCAGCUUCUGGAAUCAGAAGCUCAGCUAUAGUUGCCAUCACAUGCAACAAAGAAAUUGUCACUGGUGGCCAUGUAGAUAACAGUGUCAGAUUGAUAUGUGUUGAUGGAGCCAAAACCUUGGAAAUAGCAAGAGGACAUUGUGCUCCUGUGACUUGCGUGGCUUUGUCCCCCGAUAGCACUUAUCUUGUGACGGGAUCUCAGGAUGCAACAGUUUUGCUCUGGAGAUUGCAUCCAGUAUCCAUGUCUCGUUCCAGUAAUGCAGUUGAACCAUCCAAUGCCCCGGGCACGCCAAGGUCCACCACCAGCAGUACUACCGCUAAUGCUUCUACUGAAAAAAGGCAUCACCGAGUUGAGGGUCCUUUGCAUGUUUUGCGAGGUCAUCUUGGGGAGAUAGUAUGCUGCUCCGUCAGUUCAGAUCUUGGAAUUGUUGCAUCCUGCUCCAAGUCUUCUGAUAUCCUUCUGCAUUCAAUUAGAAGGGGCAGGUUAAUCCGAAGGCUGGCUGGCAUUGAAGCUCAUGCAGUCUGCCUAUCUUCUGAUGGCAUCAUACUGACAUGGAACAAACAAUUUAAUAACCUAAGCACCUUUUCUCUCAAUGGAACUUUUAUUGCAAGAUCAUACCUACCUCCUUCCUCAUCCGUUAGUUGUAUUGAGGUGUCUAUGGAUGGACUUAGUGCUUUGGUUGGGCUAAACCGUUCUUUGGAAAAUGAACCAAGUUUUGACAACAGUCGAAAUUUGAAGAAUAAGACAGGAAAUGAUAUUCUUGAUACCAAAUCAAACGAAGAAAGCAGAUUGAGUGUCCCAUUACCGUCAAUUUGUUUCUUUGAUAUGCGCUCAUUAAAGAUAUUCCAUCACAUAAAAUUGGGAGAGGGGCAAGAGAUUACAUCUCUGGCCCUGAACAAGGAUAACACCAAUCUUAUUGUGUCAACAGCUGACAGACAACUGACCAUUUUUACUGAUCCUGCUUUGAGUUUGAAGGUGGUGGAUCAGAUGCUCAAGCUGGGAUGGGAAGGUGAUGGGUUAAGCCCUCUGAUAAAAUGA